GAUAGUUGUCGGUGAGGCGAAGGGGUAAGGGGCUAAAGGGACGGUAACGCGGAACGGCAGCGCCACCGACUAAACAGUCGCACCCCGUCGUCGCCGUCGUAUUUGAGGCCACCCCUUGUCACUGGCGAGAGCCGCGACAGGGAGCGACCAAAAGAGUAACGGUCGGACAGGCGGACAGGCGGACGGUCGGUCUUCAGUCAGUCAGUCAGUCAGUCACUCGGUCGGUCCACUCGGCAAAACUCGCGAAGUGCAGAAAGAGAGAAGAGCCACCCCGGACAUACAGUCUCGUACAAGUACGCAUACAUAGAUAAACACGCGUGCGCGCGCGCGGGAGUACGUACACGCAUAUAUAUAUAUAUAUAUAUAUAUAUAUAUGUGUAUAUAUAUUUGUAUAUAUAUACAUAUACAUACGAAUAUAUAAUCUAUGAAAAGAACGGCCUGUGCGGUAGGAGUUUCUCAACGUGCAUUCUCUCGAGCGAACGAAGAAGAUCGCCGCGAAGAUCGUAGAGGCCGCAAGCCGCUGGCUGGCAUGGUGGCGGUGGUGCAUCCGUUUAAGGAGCCGCCCUCGCCGUGCCGAUGACGAGGCUGCAGAUACCACACCACCAGCGCGUACCACGUAGGACGAAGACGAAGUCGACCAACGAGCCAUCCAGCCGAGACGGUCUCAUCAACCAUCGGUCCAACAGGCCGCAGUCACAGACGGCCGGGCCGGGCGACGGACGGGCGCGACGUAGACGUCGACGUCGUGGUGACGACGACGACGGCAACGUCCGUGGCACAGUAACCAACAACGGUGACGGGCGCGUCGUAGUCGCGGUCGUCGAUCGUGACGACGUUGGUGGUGCGGUUGGUGCUGCAGUUGUUGGUGAGCGUGUCGGUGUUGGUGUGUCGCGUGGGUGUCUCGCCCCGAAGUUGUCCGAGUCGUCGUCCUUGUUGAUCGGACGACGACCAUCAUCGUCAUCAUUUGUUGGUGCCGGCUGCGAGACAACGGAGGAACCACAUCUCCACCAUGCCGCGGUGUCUUAUGGCGAAAAAAUGGAAGGCCUAUCCGUGGCCGGAUCGCGUGGACGAUCAGCAGGAGCAGCAGGAGGAGGCGACGAUCGGAGCUCUUCUGCAGGAGCAAGUACCGCAUGCGAUACAUCAAACUGCGGACGCCAUGGAGAAACGGCAGCACAGACAUGAGCCCGAGGACGAGGAGAUCGACGUGGUCGGGGACGUCGAUAAUCGUCAAGUCGACCAUCAGCAGACUUGUUGGGGGCCGCACAGUCCCACGGCGGGAGCUACGGCCCCCAGUCCGCCGCCCCUCAACGCUUCCGGCGCCCUUUACUAUCAUGGCUACACGCACGAGGCAUGGAUCAACCACGACGAGCCGCCCAAAUAUGCGACGCUGCGCUCCGCGGCAGAGUUAGCGCGUCCGGUAGCGCCAUCGCCGCCACCACCGCCACCACCGCCGCCACCUCCAAUCGCGCAGCAGGAGUUGACGCUUCCGGUACUAACCGGCACGGGGCUUCAUCAGGCGCCGCAACAGGCUGCCACGAGCCCGUCUUCGUCGACGCCAUCUACGUCCGUGAACCUACCGCCGCGCAAGAGCUUGUCGAUGUGUUUCACCAGCACAGGCACGGCGUUGUCCUUACCGCCGAAGAAGAAGGACAUCUACCGUCCUUAUAGCCUGCAGACGAUCUCGGAAAUCCGCACGUCCGCUGAAGAGGACCUGUCGGCCGCGCAGGCCAUUCUCGACCUCAGUGCGUCACCGGCUGCGCCAACGCACUCUGUUUUUAUUCACACCCUGUCGCCGCCGCCGCCACCGCCGCCACCGCCUCCUCCACCACCCGCUGCCGCGGUACCGAACGUACCCGUGACGCAGCAGCAACAGCAGCAGCAACAGCAGCAGCAACAGCAGCAGCAACAGCAGCAGCAACAGCAGCAGCAACAGCAGCAACACCAGGAACAGCAAGAGCAACAGCAACAGCUUUUACAAUCGGUGUCAGCGGCAACGCAGCCUAUUCCGGUGUCCGUACUUGUGCCCGUACCUAGCUCACAGACCAAUCAGCUACGCCAGCAGGAGCAGACACCACCGCAGCCGCAAUCGCCAGCAACCGCGGAGACUAACGGCGGAAAUUGCAACGGCAGGGACAGCACCAGCAACAGCGGCAAAACUGUCGCCUACACCUACGAGGCCUUCUUUGUGUCUGAUGGUCGAUCGAAGCGACGCGGUAACGGCAACAACGGUGCCGCUGUGCCUGACAAGGAGGCGACUCAACCGGACAGGCCCAAGUUUACAUGCACCGAAUGCGGUAAGCAGUAUGCCACGUCGUCAAAUUUGUCGCGGCACAAGCAGACGCACCGCAGUCUCGACUCACAGUCCGCUAAAAAGUGUAUUCACUGCGGUAAGGCAUACGUGAGCAUGCCCGCCCUGGCGAUGCACGUGCUAACGCACAAGUUGGCUCACAGUUGCGGUGUCUGCGGCAAAAUGUUUUCGCGACCCUGGCUGCUGCAGGGUCAUCUGCGUAGCCACACCGGCGAGAAGCCGUACGGAUGUGCCCACUGCGGCAAGGCAUUCGCUGAUCGCUCAAAUCUCCGGGCGCAUAUGCAGACACAUUCGGCUGAUAAGAACUACGAGUGCUCGAGGUGCCACAAGACCUUUGCCCUCAAGUCCUAUCUGAACAAGCAUCUCGAGUCAGCGUGUUUACGCGACGAGGAGAUGCAACAGCAGCAGCAACAGCAACAGCAACAGCCACAGCAGCAGCAACAGCAUGCUGGUAACAACGCCACGCAGCAUCAACAGAACACCAAUCGAGGCUUGUAGCAGCGCUUCGAGAAGGGGAAUGAUAACGACGAUACAAGGAUCGAAGAAUCGCGAGAGAGCUAGCGGUGCCCCGUGAUCGCCGCUUGAUCGCGACGAAGCGCAAAGGUAUGAAGAGCGAAGAAGAGGAUAUAAGGUUUGCCGUAGAUUUUAAGUAGAAAAGUGCCAGUAGAAAGAAAUAUGAGAAUUAGAAAGGGAGAAAAGGAAAGAGUGAGAGUGAGAGAAAGAAAAUGAAGACAGAAAGAGAGAAAGUGGGAGAGAUAGUGUGAGAGAGAGGGGGAGAGAGAGAGAGAGCGAGAGAGA